AUCAGGACGGAGUGGACCCAACACCGGCGAACUCAACAGAGAUCCUGCAGCCCCAAUCGUCUUUUGAGUCUUGACCCCCUGAAUGUCAGGUAACCUCUCGUCUUGCACCUAACUUUCUCGUCGUCCGGGACGCUUCGGUCACUUCCCCGGGCCACAACCGCGGCACAAGCAAUCCCGUAAGAUCCUACCCGAUACUCAUCCGUCCUCCGUUUGCUCGGCACUCUCCGGCCCUAGGCGCGCGGGGUGGUGGUGAGGGGGCAGACUCAGACACCCACACACAGACACACGCACACACCAUGGGCAAAUCCAAGACAUCAACCGGGAAGCCCAAGGGCCAACAGGGCAACAAAACAGCUGUGCCCUCUCCAGCAGCACCAACAUCAUUGCUUCAGACUGCUGUUGCCCAGAACGCCCCUCCUCCUCCUCCUCGCUGGCCCCGGUUCAAACCACCCCUGCCCGUCACCGAUUUGACACCCCUGCCUCUCGAGUCCUGUCCAGAUCGGGUUGUCCUAAUCCACAACUUCUGGCCCAAAUCCCUGUGCAGCUCAUACGUCUCCUUCCUCAAGGGCUUACCUUUGGUCACCACGCCGGGGCGUCCCAAGCGGGGAGAGGCUGUCCGCGUCAACGAUCGCUACCAGGUUGAGGACCCCGUAUUUGCUCGAAGACUCUGGCUGGAGACUGGACUUUUGGACGCCUUGCAGCAGGGCGAUGUGCGCGACCUCUGGGGUGGCGAGCUCGUCGGCUUGAGUCCCAAUAUCCGUGUCUACCGGUAUCUGAAAGGCCAGUACUUCGAUGCUCACUACGACGAUUCCAACAAUGUCUUGCUCACUACCGAUCCCGCCCAUCCACCGGUUCCUUGCAAAACGACCUGGACUCUUCUCCUUUACCUCACAACCAGCGCCGACGGAGACGACGCCGGGUGCUCCGGCGGACAGACCGUCUUCUUUCCCAACGACCGCCGUCGCUCGUCCGAAGAGAUUGCCGUCCCACCCCAGACCGGACUCCUCCUCUUGCACAAGCACGGUGAUGACUGCAUGCUCCACGAAGGCCGCGAGGUGACUGCAGGCGAAAAGUGGGUUCUACGAACAGAUCUCUGCGUUCGAAAAUAGGAGUUAGGGGGGGGUUAGAGACAAUGGGACUCAGUUGCUUUUUGUCUUUCUGGUUUAUUUUAUCUUUAUUUGUCUCCCCUUCUCCAUCUCGGCAGAGAAAUACGAGUAGUAACUCCUUAACGCCAUGUCCCUGCAAACGCGAGGCGGAUCAACCCAGGAAACGGAGAGGCAAGCUGCGAAGAAACCCGCCCAAGAG